GACAUGGAGUUUUUUCAGUAACAAUUAGAUUUUAACGGUUUUUUCAAAAUUGCUUUGAAAACGGUAUGGAGAGUUUUGAUGGCGACAUAUGACACCUCAAAAGAAAUUUUAACCUGAAGAGCUUGAAAAGCCUCAUUAGAGGUUCUCUCUAACCUAUGUAAUUAGCGUUUCGUCAAGAAACAUUCCGACACCUUCAGAGGCAAGAGGUGUCGGAAGGUAUACAAAUUCAUAGCCUGGUAUCGUUGGACAGCAAUCGACGGGAUUUAAAUUGGUAAUUUUGAUUUCCGAGAUUCCAAUAAUAUUGAAGUGGAAAUUUAGUUCAUCAAAGGGUUGAAUUUGAAGAUUUUUCUAAAUUUAGAUGUAUACAUUAUUAUUAUGGAGAAUUUAUUUCGGAUGAGAGUGAGCGGUUCGCCCACAUGUUGCGAUUUCAAAUUAUCCUGCGAAGUUGGUACGGGACCAAGGUAACUUGAAUGAUUUAAAAGAACUUUUUUAUGUAUUGAAUCAAAAAUGAAUAUUACGCAGCUAAUCUCUAAUUGACAUGUUUAUAACCACAGUAAAAUCACCUUUUUGAAUAAAUUAGGCUCUAGAACAUUCUUUUGGUCUGUAAAUUAAGGCUUUGCAUUAGCAAAAUGAUUAUCUUGCGCCUCUCUAUAUUUUUUAGCUUUAUUCUGGUGCAGGUGUGCUUUGUGUGUAACACAUUCGUGUUAAAAACAAGUGGAAAAUUAUCUGUGAGUGACAUCAACAAGAGAAGCAGUUUUACAUCAGCUUUAUAUCGUGUAGAGGUGACAACCGCUGAUGAUCAGUGGGGAACAGGGACCGACGCAGAUGUUAGUAUUCAAAUCUUCGGAGUCAAAGGAAACACAUCAGUUGUUGAACUAACCAAGCCAGGCAACCUGUUUGAAAGCGGAAACACCGAUAAAUUCAUUAUUUUGGGAAAGGCUGUUGGUUCCCUGACAAAAGUUGGUAUCAAAAGGAAUGAAAAAGGACUCUUUGACAGCUGGAAAUUAGCGAUGGUUACUGUUAAGCCUGCUGGAUCUCUUGUUCACAAGUUUGCUUUUAACGAUUGGAUACCUCCCAAUAAAUGGGUGUACAGUUUUGGUGGACAUAUGCAUCGCCGGGCUUUUAAGCAUACUUGAUUUUGAAAAUCACAAGGAGGGACUUUCCUUUUCCAUUAUUGUAAUACCAUGGGCUGAUUGUAUACAUCUGAUUGUAAUGAGAUGUAUAAAUAAAGUCAUUAUUCGUCUUGCA